AUGUCUGAACGAGAAGACGAAGCAGAGGUUUCUCUUUUCGUCAAAGACGAGGAAGAUGUUUCUCCUGAAUGUUUAGCUUGGGCUGAUUCUUGCUUCAGUAGCUUUCCAGAUGAUUCAGAUAACAAGAAUUGGGGAACUUUUAGAGAUGCAUUAACCGAAAUCAUCGAUAUCCAUCCCGAGAUGUUUGUUCCUUCAUCAACAGGAACAAAAAGCGUCUCGUCUCCAGACGAGGAAAUGACUGAAACCGAGUCGAGUGAUCUACGGACAUUUGAACUGGAAGCUGAUUUAGCGAACAGUAAUAAUGAUUUAUCGACUGAAGAAGCUAGCGAGAUGAUCUCGUGGCUAACGUUUGAAUCAGACCCAUCAAAGAUUUCUUUACAAGAUCGUUACUUUCUAGAGUCCAUAGCAGAGAAUGGAACAAUCCGUAAACCGGUGGAUGCUACUACAGAUGUUGAAGGUGUUGAAAGAAUAGAAGAAGAUGGUUCUGUGAGCGAUGGAGAGGCGGAAGAAGAGCUGGAGUCAUUAUUGUCUCAAGCCUUCAAGGAUGAUUACAUGAGCACAUACAUUGAAGACAAUGUUGACGAUUGUUAUGUUUUAGAGGAUCCGGUUAAAGAAACUCCACAAGAGAUUUUCAAGGUGUGGGAUUUGGAGGUUGCGGGUGACAAUGAUGCGGAAAAUGGGUUGGUCCUGCAGCUUAAGAAAGAACUUGAUGUAUCGUCCACGGUCCAGCCCCUUCCGCAGCCACUGGAUGUUGAUCAAAUUGUUACGGAGAAGAGUAGUAUCGAUGAUCUGAUAGCUGGGAUCUCAGAUCUGUCUCUUGCAGAAACUUUUAAGUGA